GGCCUGCAAUGCGAUGGCUGCUGCCGAGCCUUCUGGUAGCAAUUGGCUCGCCGCACCUCCAGGACAGCCAUUGUGUGGCCGAUGAAUUGAACAAUGACGAGGAGAGCAGACCGCUGCAAGUGGCGUUGCUGCAGAGAAGCCUCGUUUUGGUCUCCGAUCCUGUACAAGUCGAUGGUGCUGUGAGGACCACGCAGCAGCCGCAGCUGGCUUCGACGCAGGCCGACACGAGAAGAGUUUCUCUCCCGGCAUGGCUCUGCUCGGGGGUGCUUCUUGCUGUCUUCUUCAUCCUCGUCCAGGAAGCCCUGGUCGCCCCUGGAUUGGUGCAACCUGUCCUGUCUCGUGGAACACCACCCCAGGCCGUCUUCUUGUCCAUAUGGACCUGCACUUUCGCGGCUUCUUCAGUCAUAAUGCCGGUGGCUUUCGACUUUGCCAUUGCGCUGGGGCAUGGGGCUGUGCUCUCUGGUUUCCUCGUUUCCGCUGGAGCGCUGGGGGGUGCUCUGGGUUUGUUGGCCGGCAUGAGCUGCGUUGAAGAUGCUUCCUGGGAUCAAAGCACGGCACGCCGCCUAUGUGUUUGGGCCGGCCUUCUCACCAGCGCCAUUCAAUUGGUGGAGGCUUGCGUGGCUCAGUCAGCGCUCACCGGAGCCGGUGGCCUUUGGACGCUCCUGGCCCUGCGCCAGGGCGAGGCCUUCUCGGGUGCUUUUGCGUUGGCACCUGCGCUCGCGAUGCAGCGGAGGGUCUAUGGUGAGUCGGGCAGCUCGACGACACUGGUGCAGUGCUCGCGAAGCCUGGGCAUCGCAGCAGGCCCAGCGCUCCUGUUGUUGGCCCCGGAGCGUGGCCUUCCACACGCCUUGGCUAUCGCAGCCUCAGUGUCCUUGGCGAGUGCUGCGCUCUGCAGCUUGGUGCUGCCUCAGAAGCUGCAACACCCACCGGCGCCACCUGUACCGCUGAAGGAGCUCGAGAUGGAUUCAGGUGACCGCAAACUCCUGGUCUCGCAGAUGUCGUUCUUCUUCUUGGUGCGGCCCUUUGUCACAGCCGGUGCAGAGGCCGCAACGAUGAUGAUUCUGGAGGUGGCCUACGGGUGGUCUGCCGUGACAAGUGGCCUCAGCCUCUCCCUGGCGGCCUCGGCGUCGGUCCUUCUGGCCCCAUUCAGCAUGGCAACAAGGGAGGGAACUGCAGAAGCACAGGUCUUUUUGACUUGUGCCGUGGUCUCCUUGGUGGGCUGCGCUCUGCUGUUUGACCUGAAGGCCUUAGGCGCUGGUGGCCUGCUGGUUGGAGACGUCCUGUUGCAGAGCACUGCGGGGCCAGCGAGCGCCAUUGCAGAAAGAUGGGCGAAGCGCGCGGCAACGCCCAAUAGCGCCUACAGCCCGCAGAAGUUUCAUCUCGUGGCCUUGGGCUCCACAUCGCUGAGCCGCUUCCUUGCGCCACCCCUGGCGCGAGGACUGCUUGCCGCAGGAGGUCGCAAUCAGUACGGCUUGGUGCAGCUGGCACUUCUGACGUGUGUGGGCUACACUGCUGUGAGAAGCUGUGGCAUUUGGCAGAAGGUGAAGGAGCCAAAGACGCCCCUCCAGUGA